UAUCUGUCCGUCGCGGAACCACCGGUUGCACUUUGACGUUACAUCUUGUGUCUUGUGUAUCUAACACAGCACACGUACACAAUAUAAUUACAACGUGGGAGAAGCAAUGCAAGUGCUAUCGUAAACGAAUUUCGUACGAGGAAUGCCGCUGUUCAAGCCAAAAACAACGCCGCGAUCUCAAGGCUCGGAGAAAACAAGUAGCACCGGUAACGGGGCUCCGCAUCAUCACGAGGGUCAUGACACGAGCAGCAAUGGGACGCUGAGGCGUGAAAAUACUCAGGAUCAAAACCCACCAGCUGCUCCGACUGGAAAUCAGGGGGACAUCAAACAACGAUUAGUUUUCCGAUGUCAGCUGGCUCACGGUAGCUCCACCGGCCGGAUCUCUGGUUUUAGCAACGUCAGAGAACUGUACCAGAAGAUUGCAGAGUGCUACGAUAUUCCGUCGAGCGAGAUACUCUUCUGCACGCUCAACACUCCGAAGAUCGACAUGUCCGAGCUCUUGGGUGGUCAGAUCGGAUUGGAUGAUUUUAUAUUUGCUCAUCGAAGAGGUCAACCGAAGGAAAUUGAACUGGUGAAGACUGAUGACGCUCUGGGUCUGACGAUAACUGAUAACGGCGCUGGUUACGCUUUCAUCAAACGCAUAAAAGACAAUUCGGUUAUCGAUCGAGUCAAAGUUAUUCAAGUUGGCGACCACAUAGAAAAGAUAAACUCUUUUAACCUCAUAGGACGCAGACACUUCGAGGUUGCAAAAAUGUUGAAAGAAAUACCCAAAGGGGCUGCGUUUACGCUGAGACUGAUCGAGCCACAGAAAAGUGGAUUCGGCAGUAUCGGACCGCGCAGUGACAUAAAAAAGGGUAAAAAAUCUGUCAGCUAUGGCACGGGUAAAGAAACGCUGAGAUUUAAGGCCGAUGGCAGUGCUCAAAUUGAAAAAGUUUCUGACAAUAACGCCGCUGCGAUAGGAAUAGACAAGAUCAAUCUGAUCUUGGAAAAUUUCAUGGGCAUUAAUGACAACGAAUUAGCAUCACAAAUUUGGGAAUUGGCCGAAGGCAAAACCAAUAGUAUGGAUUUUGCAGAAGCCAUCGACAAUUCGGAUUUGGAAGCUUUUGGCUUCACGGACGAUUUCGUUAUAGAAUUAUGGGGUGCUGUGACGGAUGCACGAAGUGGUCGUCUCCGAUGAUCCAUUUUUCUAUAAUUGAAAUAAGAUAAAGCUGAAUGUUCAAGUACCACUCUAACGAAGGCGAACCAUUAAAAAGAAACAGAACUUCAGUAUUCUGGAGUCUCAGCUAGCAACAUCUGCCACACACGAAAAUGUAUUGAAAAGAGACUCGAAGUAUUCAAACAAUGAAAACGCACUUUCGACAGCACGGUUUAUCGAACAUUUGACGAAUGAAAUGCAUUGUGAGAUUGUUCGUACGUUACAAGAGUCAAAAAUAUCCAAGUGAUUGAAUAACGAUCACUAUUCAAAUGGCUCAACGAUAGAUCAUAUUUGAAUCAUAUGAAGCCACGAAUUUACGAUUCGCCAUUAAAUUAUAUGAUUUAUAAAUGAUUGACUAUACUAAUUUGAAGGCUGGUGCAAAUUCUACCAUUUGUUAGACUAUUUAAGAAACUAAUUUAGAACUAGAGUGGAUAAGGCAUUUUUAUCGCCAAUUGAGAACAAAUUAUUCAGCAGUUUGUAUUACUAAAGUAUUUUAUAUCGUGUUGAUAAUGAGAUUAAAUUAAUGGCAUAGUAAUAUAUGAAGUCUGUUGUCGGAACGAGUAGUUGUAGUAUUACAGUUAUACGGGAUGCAUACAAUGAAAAGAAUUUUUUCAUUCAAAAUCGCUUUUGAACGGACAUUUUGUCACGGCGUUAACGUUUUUUACGACAGUGAUUAAUUGAUUUGCAUCUCACUUUUCCGAUGUUUUGCGAUUGGAUCAGAGUAGCAGACUGUAUUCUCAUUUUUUAUUCGUCAAAGUUCGUCAAUUUGAAAAUGUAUUGCCCCCAUAAACAUAUGACAAACAUAUAUUGUGUCAAUUACAUUCCAAUUACUGUACUUCAGAUGUCAAGUCCUGAAAAAAAUUGGAGAUUUUUAUUUUUAUACCAACGCGUGAAAAAGUUGUGAAGACUCGUGGACAUCGAUUUUUGAACGAUUUUCCGUCUACACUGUUUUUCUCUGUUGUCGAAUAGAUCGAAAAGAAAAUGUUAGUAAAAAAUCACCAAAUCAGGGCCGAGAUUGUCUUUCGCAAGUUUCACUGUUUUCUCGGUAAAAUUCCUGUUGUGUAAGCUAAACUAGAAGGCAAUCAGCAUAUUCUUUCGAUUGUGCUGUGACAUGCUGAAAUACAGCCUAAUUUUUAAACGCUCAUUUUGUAUGACUGCGGAAUAGAAAAAAAUGAUUGAAGCUCAAAUCUGUUCCCAUUGAAGCAGCUGUUCAUAAAAUAAAAAAUGAAAAAAAUCCAUCGCAAUGAA